AUGUCUUCGAAAAUUAUGAAAAUUGUGUGUGCGAUUAAUCGAAAUAAUCAACGUAUAUGUUUAUUAAUACGGAAAAAGCGUUUAUUGAAAAAUAUGAUGAUGCAUUUGCUAAGAAAACAACAGAGAAAUGUCUGCCUACUUCCGGAAAUAAAAACUAUAUCAAGAAAAGUCUGGUCUACCGUAGAACAUUCGAAAUACUGGGAGGACGAAGUUCCAGCAUUCUCCGACAAAAAAUUCAAAAACACUUUUAGAAUGAACCGAAGCACAUUUGAUCAAGUGGUAGAUAAACUUAAAAACAUCGGAAGACUGGAUACGCAACUCAGACCAGCUAUUCCAUUAGCUAAAAGAGUAGCUAUUGGAUUGUACGCUUUAGGAUCAUCCGCUGAAUACCGGACCAUUGCUAGUUUGUUCGGUGUAGGCAGAACAACAGUAGGUGAGAUUGUUCGUGAAAUAUCGCAAGAAAUAAUCGAUAAGCUGGGUCCUUGCUAUCUGAAUGCGUACCCUCCAACUCACGACAAAAUAGUUGAGAUUGUGUCUGGAUUUGAUAAAAUGGGAUUUCCUCAAUGCUAUGGGGCCAUCGAUGGAUGCCACAUAGAGGUCAAUGUGCCAAAAUCAGAAGCAGUGGACUACUACAAUUUCAAGGGUUGGCACUCAGUUGUACUCUUUGCUGCAGUCGAUUACAAAUAUAGAUUUACUUACAUAAAUGUUGGAGCUCCCGGUAGAAGCAACGACUCCACAAUCUAUGAAAACUCUGCGUUAAAGAAAGUACACGAAACCAACCCUAUUUUUCGAGAAUAUUCAAAGACCAUCGAAGGCGUAAAUGUUCCCAUAUUAUUGAUAGGCGAUUCCGCUUUCAAACUUUCAUCAACGGUCAUGAAACCAUUUCCCUUCAGUGGAAAUCAGUCAGCAGCAGAAAAAUUGUUCAACUAUCACCUAGCUAAAUGUCGUCGAGUCGUCGAGAAUGGAUUUGGGCACCUGAAAGCUCGUUUUCGACGAAUAGGCAAGGGUUUAGAAGUGAAUAUUGACAACGUGAACUCGAUCAUAAAAGCAUGCUGUAUCCUUCAUAAUGUAUGCAAAGAAAAUAAUGAUACUGUCAAUAGAUCAUGGAUGGUGGAGAUGAAUCAGAUGGUGAAAAAACCUCAACCUCAGAGAAGUUCGAGUUCUAAAACACAGGAUCCUUCUGGAACAGCCAUUCGUUUAGCAUUGAUGAAUCAUUUCGGUAAAUAG